UGCGCACACAACACGCAUACGUAUAUACAUAUACACACACACGCACACACACUCACACUCUCUGACACACGAACGCACAUUCACACACCCCCGGAGCCAUGAGGGUGGCAGGCCCCCUGCGCGUUGUAGUACUGAUCCUUACUGCUGGCCUCACCUGGAUCAUGGGCAGCAUUCUCCUGGGGACGCAUGGGAGCAGCUUCUCUCGGCUACAGCAGCUCUUCAGUAGUCCUGAGAAUGCAGUGACAACAGAGCCCCGGGCCAGGAAGUAUAAGUGUGGCCUGCCCCAGCCAUGUCCUGAACAGCAUUUGGCCUUCCGUGUGGUCAGUGGGGCCGCCAAUGUCAUCGGACCCAAGAUCUGCCUCGAGGAUAAGAUGCUAAUGAGCAGUGUAAAGGACAAUGUCGGACGUGGGCUGAACAUUGCCUUGGUGAAUGGAGUGAAUGGGGAACUCCUUGAGGCCAAAUCCUUUGACAUGUGGGCUGGAGAUGUCAAUGAUUUAUUGAAGUUCAUCCGGCCACUCCAUGAAGGGACACUGGUGUUUGUGGCUUCCUAUGAUGACCCAGCCACCAAGAUGAAUGAUGAAACCAGGAAAAUCUUCAGUGAGCUAGGCAGCACAAAUGCUAAGGAACUGGCCUUCCGGGACAGCUGGGUGUUUGUUGGUGCCAAAGGAGUUCAGGACAAGAGCCCUUUUGAGCAGCAUGUGAAGAACAGUAAGAACACCAACAAGUAUGAGGGCUGGCCAGAGGCAUUGGAGCUCGAAGGCUGCAUUCCUCAACGGACAGUGGGCGCUCAGUGAGCUGUUGUGCUGCCUCUCUCUCCCUCCCUCCUUACCUCACAGCAGGCCUGGCCUGGUGAGUUGCCCAGGUGGGCUGUCUGUUCAGGCCCUCCCUGGAUUGAUUGCCCCCUGGAGAAAGCCACCUGAAUGAGGGGAGAGAGGCUUGAGCUGAGAUGGGAGUGGAGGCUCACCUGGCACCUGCUUCUCUCCCCAAGCAUGUGCAGAGUUCUCAGGCCCUUUCCCCCAGUGCCUUACUCCUUCCAGGAAACCUUUCUUGCACUUUUUCCAGGUCACUCCAGCUUUCUUGGAAACUGAAUGUAACAGGUGGUGGGAUAGUUAGGCCCCAGUCGGGGAAACCCUUCCUUCAGUCAGUCACAUCCCCCCCCCCCCCUCCCCCCAUAACCCAUGGUCUAGCCAAGUCGGGCCCCUAGUGCAUCCAAGGCUCUCCCUUCCCCACAACUCUUCCCCUUUAUGCCUUUGGCUUGUGCUAUAGGUCUGCUGACAGUCCUCUUGCCCACUCUGCCUUGGUUCCCAGAGCCCAUUGCUUCCUUACAGCAGGGCUCUGCUACCUGGUCUAGCAGGAUUUGAAAGUAAUGGCAUCACUUUGGGGUGGAUAUAAGAGCUCUGCCCCUCCCCCACAUCUCCUGGCCCCAUCACUUCCUCUUAGAUGCAGAAUUAAGGAUAUAUGCAAUUCUUUAUAGUUAAUUUAGAAUUAUCUUUAAUAAACUGAAUUCCUAGUUGA